CUAUAUCAAUCCCGUUUUCUCUUGUGUCGAUCCCCUACUUACUUUUCUGCUCUGUGGUGUGCGGAAUCAAGCGGCGGUUAGGGUUUUGCCAGGAUGAAAAAGAGGCAGGUGGUGGUGAAGAGAGAAUACGCCGCUUCUUCUGCGGUGGGGAAUAUUCGAUACGGGGAGUGCCAGAAGAAUCAUGCAGCCAACACCGGAGGUUACGCAGUGGAUGGUUGCAGGGAAUUCAUGGCUAGUGCCGGUGAGGGAACGACUGCUUCGCUUACAUGUGCGGCUUGUGGCUGCCACAGGAACUUUCACAAGAAGGAAGUACUGCACGGAGUCAACUGAACCAGACCAACCUGUGUCUCGCUCUGUGAUUCAUGAGUGAGUUCUUUCUCGUUCUUCUCCUCCAUUCCUACCACCCACAGUCAGAAACCAAAAAAAUAGAGAAACACAAUAUAUAUAGAUAUAUAUAUUGAAGAGUUUGUGUAUCAAAUUACCUUUUCUUCUUGCUUCUUGCUUCCAUUGGUGCUUGCAAUUAAGUCUUGAUUGCUGAUACAAUAGACAUUGAUUCCUGUGAAAGAAAAUAUUGAACUUAUGAACUUCUGUUAUUGGAAUAUUACUCUAUUGUUCUCUUCUCCAUCUUUUGCUCUUCCUCUGGUCUUCCUCCUCCUUUGUUUACAAGGAUUAAUCUUGCAAGGAAGAGACGAUAAGAUGGAGAGAAGAUAAAGCGAUCCACCCUGCUUUGAAAUUUACUUUUAACCAUGUUAGCACAAUCAUUUAUUAAGCUAAUUAGGCUCCUUUGUCAUCUUCUUAUUAACCUUUUCUCAAUCACCAAAAAAUAGAUGGAAUCUUGGAGAAUAAAUUUAGUGGAGAUUACCUGUUAACGACUACAUCUGUUUAAGAAUA